AUGCUUGCCAGUGGCCGGGGACAGGUCCUUGGCGUGUCGGAUCCCAGGUCGUCGGGGGGUCGAUGUACUGGACGUGGGCUGGCUGGAAGGCCGGCGUCGGUUGCGUCUCUGCAGGCCAGAAGAAUGAUGCUGGCAGAGAUUCUGCAGACUGGUGGACAGAGCGAGGUUGACCGCAAGCCUCAAGGUCCGGCGUCCGAGAGAUUUCUGCCUCUUAUAGUCAGUUGA